GCCGUGGGCGGAGCCUGACGGACGGCGAACCACUGUGGUAGCGUGACUGAUUUCUGCGGUCCGCUCAACGACGUAUUGACAGAGAGACGUUUUGAGAGCCGGUGCAACUAUGUCCGACGACGAACAGCAAGAGCAGACCAUCGCCGAGGACUUGGUCGUGACCAAAUACAAGAUGGGCGGUGACAUUGCCAACCAGGCGUUGAGGGUGGUCAUCGGGGCAGCCAAACCAGGAGUCUCAGUUCUCUGCCUCUGUGAGAAAGGAGAUGCUUUCAUCAUGGCAGAGACUGGGAAGAUCUUCAAGAGGGAGAAGGACAUGAAGAAAGGCAUUGCGUUCCCCACCAGUGUGUCAGUCAAUAACUGUGUCUGCCACUUCUCUCCCCUGAAGAGCGACCCAGACUACACGCUGAAAGAUGGAGAUUUGGUGAAAAUUGAUUUAGGAGUACAUGUUGAUGGCUUCAUCUCCAACGUGGCACAUAGCUUUGUUAUUGGAGCUACCAAGGAAGCACCUGUGACAGGAAGGAAAGCUGAUGUCCUCAAAGCAGCACACCUGUGUGCCGAAGCAGCUUUGCGUCUCGUCAAACCAGGCAACCAGAACAAUCAAGUAACUGAGGCCUGGAACAAGAUCGCCCAGUCAUUCAAGUGCAAUCCAAUUGAGGGUAUGCUGUCCCAUCAACUAAAGCAACAUGUUAUUGAUGGAGAGAAGACCAUUAUCCAGAACCCUACAGAUCAACAACGGAAGGACCAUGAGAAGGCAGAGUUUGAGGUUCAUGAAGUUUAUGCCGUGGAUGUGCUGAUCAGCACAGGAGAGGGGAAGGCAAGAGAUGGAGGUCAGAGGACAACCAUCUACAAACGGGACCCCAGUAAGCAGUAUGGGCUGAAGAUGAAGACCUCCAGAAUGUUCUUCAGUGAGGUGGAGAGACGCUUUGACGCUAUGCCCUUCACUCUUAGGGCAUUUGAGGAUGAAGGGAAAGCUCGUUUGGGAGUGGUAGAGUGUGCUAAACAUGAGCUUCUGCAGCCUUUUACUGUACUGAAUGAAAAAGAAGGUGAAUUCGUGGCUCAGUUUAAAUUCACAGUGCUGCUGAUGGCCAAUGGGCCCUUGAGAAUCACCAGUGGACCAUUUGAACCAGAACUCUACAAGUCUGAACAGGAUGUUCAAGAUCCUGAACUGAAGUCUCUGAUCCAGAGUUCUGCAAGUCGCAAAGCACAGAAGAAGAAGAAAAAGAAGGCCUCUAAAACUGCAGAAACUGCUACAGGCCAACCAGCUGAGAAUGAAGUUGCAGCCAAAUAGAGGCGACACGACUUCACUCUCUCAUGAAACCCCCGAAGAGCAAAAACUUCAACAUUUCACUCUUGCCCUACUGUUUUAACCUCUUCUUUAACAAGUGUUUAAUCAAGAGUCCAUGUUAAAGCCUUGUUUAAACAUUUUUGCCUUCCCCUGUAAUGGAGAAAUGUCAUUAAGAUUUGGACUCCAAGCGAGUGUAACAAAUUUGUACUUUCAUAAUGAAUCUAUUUACUCUUUUGAAGCACUCAAUUUACAUUUCAACUGGAACAUAAUGCCUUUUUCAAAAUGUAAUUAAAAAAACUUUGCAAUUCUUUUGUAGAGUUGCAUUUUUCACAUGUACUUAAUUGAAAUACACAUGACUGUUUGAAA